AUGCUUGGUUUGUUCGUUGUUGCUGUUGGCUUCUUCUUCUUCUUUGCACUGUUGUCGAGGACAUGGGACCUAAGACACAUUCCGGGCCCACUGGGAGCCAGACUUACCAACUUCUGGCUCUUCGGGAAGUACUGGAAAGGCGAGGUGUUCAGCGACAUUGCUCUUGACCUUCAACGGAAAUACGGGCCAGUCGUGAGAUAUGGGCCUCGACGGGUUCUAUUCAGCGACCUAUCCGCGGUUGGUGUCAUAUUCAACACCAAGAACUCGUUUGUAAAGGCCGAGUCAUACGGAGUCAUAGACCAGAUUGUCAACGGCAAACUCGUCAGUUCCUUUGCAACGACACGCGAUGAAGCCCGAGUCUCUAGCAUGAAGAAGCAACUCAAUUCGGCGUUCACCACAGCCGCCAUGCUCGACUACGAACCGCACGUCGAUCACAACAUCAACUUCCUCAUUUCCAAAUUGCAAAGCUCAGACUCAGAAGUAGUGGACAUGGCAAGGUGGACCAUUUUCUUCGCCUUCGACACCAUCUGCCGCAUCGCCUUCAGCGACGACCAAGGCUUCAUGGAGAAACAAAGCGACCUCGGCGACACUCUCGAAGGCGCCCGCGGUCGCUUCGCCUAUUGGCAUUGGUGGGGCCCUGUCUACAAACUCGAACGCCUCCUCUUCAAGAACCGCUUCGCGACUAGAGCGUCCAAGACGUCUCUCCUCGGCAAACUCGCGACAGAGAGGCUCCAAGCACGUCUCGAAAAAGGGGGCCUAGGCACACACUCAGACCUGCUAGACCGGUAUCUACAAGCCGGCCAACGCGACCCCACGACAUUCACCACAUCCACGAUCAUCGGCGUCGUGAUCUCGACCAUCCAUGCCGGCGCCGAAACAACCUCCGCCACCCUCAACGUCACACUCUACCGUCUCCUCCAAAACCCACGCGUGCUCGCGAAGUUGCGCGCUGAACUCGAUGCCGCGGAUCUCUCCUCUCCACCGUCAUGGCAACAAGUGUCAAAACUGCCCUACCUGGAAGCCUGCUUCAAAGAGGCCGCCCGCAUGCACCCUAUCAUCCUUGACCCGACUGAGCGCGAAGUCCCGGCCGCUGGCGCUGAGAUCGCAGGUGUCUGGGUACCAGGUGGAACGGUCGUCGCAGUCAACCAUCAUGCCCUCAACCGCGACCCAUCGGUUUGGGGUGACGAUGUCUCCGUUUACCGGCCAGAGCGCUGGAUGGAGGCUGACGAUACCCAGCGCCAGAAGAUGCAACGCGCUGAUUUGUUAUUUAGUGCCGGCAAGCGCAGCUGCUUAGGCCAGCACGUUGCAUGGAUAGAGAUGAAGAAGUUCCUGCCGGAAUUGUUGAAUAAGUUCGAUAUUGAACUUGUCGACCCAAAGAGGCCAAUAACCUGCAAGAUUCCAAUGGUAUUCUUCGUUGAUGACCUUCCUGUUCGUUUGGCGCCCAGAAAGAACGAGUAG